GCAAAAAAAUGGAUUCGAAAAGAUCCAAAUCAACUGUCAUUUUCCUAUCUAUUAACAUUUUCUUCUUUGUCCUCGUAAGUGCAUGCAACACACCAUCUCCACCAAUGCCAAAGCCAAUUCCAAACCCAACCCCUACCCCAACUAAGGGAAGUUGCCCAAGGGAUGCCCUGAAGUUAGGGGUAUGUGCCAAGUUGCUGAGCAUUGGAACUGUUAUUGGAAACCCUCCAGAUACUCCAUGCUGCUCCAUACUUGGCGGCCUUCUUGACCUUGAAGCUGCAAUUUGCCUUUGCACGGCUCUGAGAGCCAACAUUCUUGGAAUCAACCUUAACAUCCCUAUUUCACUCAGCUUGCUCGUCAACACUUGCGGGAAAAAACUCCCCUCAGACUUCAUCUGUGCUUAGGCUCCGCUUAGCUAGCUAGCUGCAUAACUUUUGAGUUUUUCCGCUGUUUAACUUAAUUACUUGAUUUCCGGUUUCCCAAGUGCUCAAUAACUCUUACAUUGAGAUUGUCAUACUUCUGAUCGUAAUUCUCAAGUUCUCAUUGUGUU